AUGACACAGGAGCUCACACAGCAACAGAUAGGGUUUUUUGAAAGAUGCAAGGAGUGUUACCACCUUGUUCAAAAUUUCUUAAAUGACACGUUGCCUAAUGGGUUAGUCUCGCCUAGACACAACGACUACGAAUAUGAUCCAGAUCUAAGACAGAAGGUUAAAGAGAAGAUUACUUCCAGCAUGGAAAAGUUGGAAAAAUCGAUAAAUCUUCACGGGUUGAAGGAGAUUGCAAUAUCGUAUAAUGGAGGAAAAGAUUGCUUGGUCAUGUUGAUCUUGCUUUUAGCAUCCAUCUAUAAAAAAUUCCUCGGCACCCACGAAGCAAAUCGUGGUGAGAGUUUCUACUCUAGCGGAAUCAUACCCCAUGACUACAAGCUAGACUCUAUCUAUGUUAACGCCGAGACUCCGUUUCCGCAAUUGACAAAGUUUAUCACACAAUCUACAGAAUACUACCACUUGAACCCAGUCUACAUCAAAGACUCUAUAAAAAACGGAUUUGAACAUUACCUAAAUGAAAUUAAUACAAAUAUCAAGUCAGUUGUUGUUGGAAUCAGGCAUACCGACCCUUACGGGGAGCAGCUUGAGGACGAGCAACGCACAGAUAGUGACUGGCCCAGCUUUUUAAGAAUUCAUCCCAUACUAGAUUGGAAAUACGUUGAAAUUUGGGACUUUUUAGUUGGCUCGGAUGUCGACUACUGCUCCUUAUAUGACGAAGGAUACACAAGUUUGGGCGGUGUUAAUACGACCAUUCCUAAUCCGAAAUUGUUGAUUCCCAGUGAGGAAAAAAAUAAGUACUUGCCCGCAUACAUGCUCAAAGAUAAUGCCGACGCCUUGGAGAGGCUAGGCAGAGUCAAAUCUCGGAAAUAA